UUCGUUGUUGGGCAGCUGCAAACUGGAAAGUCCCUGACAGCCAGGGAGGCUUCAGACAGGAAGACUGCGAUGAUGUUUGUCCAUUUACAUGAAGGAUAUUAAUAUUGUUUUCGUUUCGCUAUCUCCGCGGAUAAAAACAUCUGUGUGGUUGUGAUUUUUUUUUCCGAGUAACGUCAGAUGCUCUUUUACGAGUGCUAUCUUAUAUCUCUGUGCAAGCUAGUUCUUUGUGUGGCUAACGUUAGCUGCUAGCUGAGGGAUGUUUUGUUGUUGUUAAAGCCCUCCCGUCGUCUGGGAGAGGAGACUCAUCAGCUGUGCAUGGAGAAACGCCUUCUCUUCUGCUGACAUUACGUUAUCUGUGAAAUUGGCCCGUGAAAUCCCGCUGAGUAGCGUUAGUAAAGCGACACCGAGAUAGGGGAGAGUUUGACCGAAGGAAGGAGAUGGGAAACUGUCUGAAGUCCCCAACCUCGGAUGAUAUUUCUUUGCUCCAUGAAUCUCAGUCGGACCGUGCCAGCUACGGAGACGGUGCUGACCCCGACCUGGAGCCACCGCCCCCCUAUCAGGAGCAGAUCCAUGUGCCUAUCUACCACCCAACACCCAGCCAAGCACGACUGGCCACUCAGCUGACAGAGGAGGAGCAGGUUCGCAUCGCACAGCGAAUCGGACUCAUCCAACACCUCCCGAAGGGCGUGUACGACCCAGGGCGCGAUGGCUCUGAGAAGAAGAUCAGAGAGUGCGUCAUCUGUAUGAUGGACUUUGUGUACGGAGACCCCAUUCGGUUCCUGCCCUGCAUGCACAUCUAUCACAUGGACUGUAUAGACGACUGGCUGAUGAGAUCCUUCACCUGCCCCUCCUGCAUGGAGCCUGUGGACGCCGCGCUGCUUUCUUCCUACGAGACCAACUGACGCGCACACACACACACACACACACACACACACACACACACACACACACACACACACAUACAUGCACAAGUGACCCAGUUAGCCUGCUGGACAGGAUUAGAGGAAUGAACAGAGUGUUAGUGUUAAGGACGAGCAGGAAGGAGCUGGAUCGAGGAGAGAAGUAAACAGACAAUAGGCGUUAUGAGGAUACAAGUGUAAAGGGAAGUCAAGGGGAGGGGAUGAUGGUUAACUGAUAGGAUUAUGACAUUUCCAAGAUCCGCUUUUAUAUGCGUAAAUACACAAACAACUGUUCCCAUUCACACCAUACAGGAGGAAGGUAAUGUGACCACCAUCAUCAGGCUGCAGAUUGUGCUUGAUGGACUGCUGAAGCCUGAUUGCUAUAAUGUCACACUGCAAGACAAGAGGAAAGAAACGCCCUUCAGAAGAUCUGCCAGAUGCUUUGACAUGUCUCCAAGGGUAUGACUCCACACACACUGUUGCAGAGUCAUAUCUGCUGCAAAAACUGCUACCGAUGCAGAUAUGUGAUUUAAAGACUAGAACUGCACAUCAGACUUGAGACUACGGACAUCAGAUAUAUUCUGCAGACACACCACAGGCCUUCACUGGACCACGGCACCCAGGCCCGUAGUUGUCUGUCUGUAUAGAUCUUUUAUGAGAAAAAUAAGAUUGGUCGUUGGAUUGAUUGAUCGUCCCGUAGCUUUGUGAAAUCUGUUCUGUGUUUGUUUUGUCAGUCAGCAUAAGGGCUUCGUCGAACCAUUAUAACACAGAUAUGACAGAGGAAAUACAGUAUGUGCUUUUGUCACUAAUGUGAUAGAUAGCUGGUCGACUGUUGCUGUCAAGCUAUCGACUCCUCAUGACUUUCUCAGUCACAGUGAGAUCUCAGAUUAUUGGCCAAAGCACUAGUAGACCAGUUAACAAACCAUUGAUACAAAUCAGUGGUAUUUGCACUUCUUAUAUUAGACUUAUGACAAAAGUUGACCAUAUGCAUUUAGUGUUUAUGUCAAAGUGAAGUAUGUGAUUUCAAGGACAGAAUUAAAAACAUACACAAGGGUUGGGCUCAUGUGAUGUGUUUGCAUAUGUUAAGUAUCGCUUCAUUCAGCAUCCUGUCGUGUUCAUAAAACCAGACCUAAAGUAAACAUUCACAUGGGAAAUGGUUAACGCUGGCAGGCGCUACCAUCAGGACACUGGUGAUGGAAAAUGUGGUUAUGGGUUGUGUGUCAGUAAAUACAACUGAAGAUGCUUAUUUACCUAAUGUGGUCAGAAUCAGCCAUUAUACAUUGCUGACUAUGUGUUCCCAGUUUAGAAAGGUUAUGUUUCUAUCCAUUUUUAUUUUCAAUCAAUUUGAGGCCUCAAUCAUAAUGAAAGUCCUCGCUUAAUUUUAAAAUGUCUAUUGCCCAAGUCACCCAGUUUACUGUUAAAGCACAAAGAAAUACAAUUGUUCAGUUAUACUUUCCUUCUCCCUGCUAACUUUGGGAUGCAGGUGAGUCGGUAACACUUUGAAUUAUGCAGGAAAUGGUAAGUCAUUUGAGCUUCCCCUGCAUACAUGCAUGAUGCAGAUCCAACACAGUUUGAUAACAUGCCUUUAGUGGUCUGUGUGUGUGUGUGUGUGUGUGUGUGUGUGUGUGUGUUUUUAUUAGGUUUUAUGGCAUUUUGUGUAUGUUUGAGAAAGUUUGGGUGGGGGUGGAGUUGGCACCUUAGUUUUUGCACAGUAUUUUAAUCUAUGUAACUCUUUAUGUUGUACAUUGUCCUCCAUCAGUAAGGUGGAGCUUCAUGGCCUUAGGUUACACAUGAGUGAGUGUUGGUAUCAGCUGCUAAAAUGUGGAGCAGUGGAGUCCAUUUAACUUCAAGAAGAGUGGGGGGGGUGAUACAGGGGCAGUUUAGACUGUGAAUGCUGCUGCAGAGCUGUCAUUGCACAUGCCAUGUUCCUACCACUUUCAUCUGUACUGCAGUACAGCAGACGCACGUUUCAUAUACAAAAGCCUUUUGGAAGUUUUUCCCUUUUUUUCCAUCUCAAUCUGGAUGUAAUCAUGGGGUUGAUUAACAAUCUUAUAGAGGAAAACCAUUUAAAUUAAAGGUAGCAUAUACUAAGCAGCAAUUGUCGGUUGGUGUUUGUUAACACAUAGUCUGCAUAGCCAGACCUACCUAUCUCCGCAGUGCUGUGUCAGCGCUGGAGUAUGGUCUGGCUACACUGCUAUCUGCAGAGCUUCAUCCUGUCGUUGUGUGUCUGUGUGUGUGGGGGGGUGGUCAAACAGACGCAAAGCAGCAUUAACACACAGCGAUGGGGCUGGGGGUUACAGACCUACAGUACCAGUCAAAAGUUUGGACACACUUUUCCAUUCAAAUGAAUGAGAAAGCGUGUCCAAACCUUUGACUGCUUCUGUACGUGGAGCCCAAAGACUAUGGUUGAUGCCCAGAAACGUCCCGAACACAGCAAAAUAAGAAGAAAAUACAGGCAGGGUCUCCCAAAAGGAUUACUUUUGCAUGAGUGUAAAUGUUUUAGGAAAAUGAUGCUUAGUACACCUUUAAGAAUUCCAAUAUGUUAUUUCCAUGGUCAAUAUUUGUGAACAUGAGCUACUCUCUCUCAAAGCCAGAAACCAGAGUCUUAAACUUGUGAUGUCAUCAGGUAUAGUAAGGUAUAAUAAGUCUGGACCUGCUCCAUAGACAGUGAAUGCUUGUUUUCUUUUUUUAUACCCAAACGAGCUUUAUUCUCGUGUAGCGUUCUCAGUUCUGAAACAGAAAAUGUACCCAUGUGCACUCAGUGUCAUCUCAAACAUCUAUCCCAAUUAAUUGUCUAUGGAGCAGUUCCAGACUUUAUUAUUGUAUGACAUCGCAAAUUUGAGUUUUAACACUAGUUUGGGAUUUGGGAGAGAGUUGUUCAUGUUUUCUAAUAUUUUUGGACUGUCUUAGACCAGAAGAAUAACGUAUGAAUUUUCAAAAUGGCCGUAGUUCCCCUUUAAACCACGUCAAUAAUCAAAGGAACAGUUUGACUAAAAAAAAGAAACCACAUACUGAUUAAUGUGAAGACUAGCACUCUUCCAAAGCUACAUGUUUAUGCAUUAGUGUGGCACUUUGUGGAGCUGCUUCAUUUACUCUCUGUAGCAAAUUUGACAUGUUCGAGCUCUUACAACUGAAUAGAUUUCCAGUAAGAUCAGUUCAGAGUUACAAAAUGUGCUCAUAUCCCCGGGAAAUGACUCACUGGUGUCUGUCAUUCGCUAACAAUUAACAGCUGCACAAAUGUUUCUCAUUCAGGAGCCAGAUAGAGCUUUGGCUCUGUCUUUGAAUCUCGGGAGAAACCUAAAAAUGUCCACUUUUUACAGGAAUGAUAUGUGAGUGCUGAUUCAGGGUGGAUUUUCUGCUUUUAAGUUCAGGAUUGAACAUUAAGGUUUGCUCACAUGUGAAUGGGGUAUGUGUGCUGUAUGUUUGUGUAUGGCUGCUUGUUAGAUCUUUCCUUGUUUGUAAGCAUACAUGUACAUAGCUAUGUACUACAGGCAAGUAAUAAAUAGACAUUGCAACUGAAAAUAACUGCCACUGGGUGUGGUUUAUUUCCUCUGUGCACGCUAGAAAGACAAGAAUGGAGUUUUCUUCUACUUUUUCACAAACCGACAUGUCUUACAGCUGAUAUAACUUCUGGACUCUGUAAAUACCAAAUAAAUAUGUAAUGUAUCU